AACUGAAAAAUAGAUAGAUGGAGAGUAGCGUGUAGGGAACAGAAAAAGAGGAAAGAGAAAUACAACCAACACAACUAAUGAUUAGACAUAGUUUUUCUGCAACCUAUCAGACACAUUACUUUCAUAUUUCCUUCUGUAAAACUAAAAUAACAUUUCUAAUAUCCACCAAAUCACCUCUUCUGUAACAGUUGAGGGGUUGGAUCAAUGGAUGAUGGUGGAGGUUCAAAAUUGAGUGGGAUUAGGCAGAUUGUGAGAUUGAAGGAAAUGUUUCAGAAGUGGCAAACUGUGACUCUGGGCUCAAAAGAUUCAAACCCUGGGGGCAUUCCACCAAUCAUAAACAAAAGACUAACAAAUCUUUUGUACUGUGACUCUGAUGAGGAUAGCUGUUACAGUCCUCAACCACCGCAUGAUGUUCCCAAAGGUUACUUAGCUGUCUAUGUUGGGCCUGAGCUUCGGAGGUUUAUCAUCCCAACAACCUACCUUAGCCACUCUUUGUUCAAGGUUUUGUUGGAAAAAGCUGCAGAGGAGUUUGGCUUUGAUCAGAGUGGUGGACUCACCAUUCCAUGUGAAAUUGAAACCUUCAAAUACCUCUUGAACUGCAUGGAGAACCACGAUGACACCUCCGUCGACUCUUGGUGGAAUUGCAGCUGGAAACGCAGCAACUGUGGAAGAAUAAAUACUUGCUCUCAUCUACAUAGAAGGAAAACCAUGGUUCUAGUUUCUACACUUUCUUCCAUUUUGGUUUUGAUUUCUUGCAUGAAGAAUGAUAUAACUCCCCAACAAAAAAGAUUUGUGAUGGGUCAUUUGUUUGUACAACAGCUGUUAAAAAUCUAUGUACUUUUCAUCCAAUGUUCCCCCAAUACAUGUACUUUCCCAACAUAUUCAAACAGAACAUUUUUGACAUUUAAUGAAGAAUAUAUCCAUUCAGGGAUGCGAAAAUGUGUUUCUUUUGAUUAUGAGUUGUGAGAUUCUCAGGCAUCAUAAUUAUC